AUGUCGCUGUUCUCAAUCGAUCUGUCAGUGGUCACAAUCUGUGGUCACAAUUUUUGUCAGCUGACUUCGUUAAACAUAGUGAAAAAUCAAAGAAAAUGUCCGGAAAAGACAGGCUUCCAAUUUUCCCAUCUCGUGGUGCCCAAAUGUUAAUGAAGGCGCGUCUAAAGGGUGCCCAAAAAGGUCACAGCCUUUUGAAGAAAAAAGCGGACGCCCUGCAAAUGCGUUUCCGUAUGAUUUUGGGUAAAAUCAUUGAGACCAAGACUUUAAUGGGAGAGGUGAUGAAGGAAGCUGCCUUUUCUUUGGCCGAGGCUAAAUUUACAACAGGAGAUUUCAACCAAGUAGUACUCCAAAAUGUAACGAAGGCCCAAAUUAAAAUCAGGACCAAAAAGGAUAAUGUUGCUGGUGUAACUCUUCCUGUGUUUGAAAGUUAUCAAGAUGGUACAGACACUUACGAAUUAGCUGGUUUAGCUCGUGGGGGUCAGCAAUUAGCUAAAUUAAAGAAAAAUUACCAAAGUGCUGUUAAACUUUUGGUUGAAUUAGCUUCAUUACAAACAUCGUUUGUAACUUUGGAUGAAGUUAUUAAGAUUACUAAUAGAAGAGUAAACGCUAUUGAACAUGUUAUCAUUCCAAGGAUUGAGCGUACUUUGGCUUACAUCAUUUCGGAACUUGACGAACUUGAAAGAGAAGAAUUCUACAGAUUGAAGAAAAUCCAGGAUAAGAAACGUAUCGCUCGUAAUAAAGCAGAGGCUAAAGCUGAAGCUGCAAAAGCGGCAGCUAAAGCUUUGGGCGAAAGCUAUGAACAAGAAAAUGCAGUUAGCUCUAUGUUGGACACAGGAGAUGAGGAUCUCCUGUUUUAAAACAAAUAAAUUUUUUUUCUUUUUCUUAUGUUAUCCCAACUAUGUAAUUGAUUUGUAUAUAAGUUCCCAUGAAAGUUUUUUCAGUAUUUGUAAUAAUUGUAAUUGUGUAAGAUACUCUUAUUGCUUAUAUACUCCAGGUUAAAAAUAAAAAAAUCAUACAGAAAUG